CACAUCAACGAGCGCUGACGCAAUGCAGUUCUUCAACGCAGCGCAAGGCAAGGAGAGCCUGGUCGCUGCGGCGCUCGAGGCGUCGAUGCGCUCGGUGCGCCAGUGCGGCGCCAACGCCAGUGAGUUCGACCUCGAAGAGCAUCAGCGCUGGUGUGCUGAGGCUGUGAAGGAGCGCGUGGUGCUGAAGGUGAGCGCACCCGAAGCGCGGGGCACCUACCUGCAGAAGCACACGACAUACCUCGUGACGCAGGAGCCCCACCACGAGGGCGUGCGCCGACGCUUCAGGGACUUCGAAUGGCUGCGCGUGGUGCUCCAUGCGCGCUACGUCGGACUCUUGGUGCCGUCGCUGCCGGAGAAGACAACGACGGCAGCAGUGCUCAAGAACGACGCCUUCCUUCAGAGUCGCAUGCGCGCGCUGCAACAUUUCCUCAACGACAUCAUGCAGUCGCCGUACCUGCGCUCGGACGCGGCGGUUGCGAGCUUCUUGGGGGAACCAGGCGACGAGGCGACGUGGGAGGCGAUGCGCAAGGGGACGGCGGUGAUGGAAAAUGCCGGAGAGGGGCACAUGCGCUGGCUGCAGCGUAUUAUGUGCGAGCAUAUCGCCAGUUCACCGGAAAAUGAGAUUUCGGUGUUCAAGCGGCAUGUUGAGCAGCGCGAGCGGCUGCUGGGGGAGCUGGCAGCUUGUGCCAAGCGUCUCGCCGAUAAGAGCGCUGCUAUGGCGAAGGACGUGAGCACGCUGCAUGCCAUCUUUGCGGGGUGGCAACUGGCCGAGACGGGCACGGGCACGUUCGAAGCGCGGAAUGACGGACCUCUUGUCUCUCUGCUCGACAAGUCCACGUCUACAAUCUGCGGCUGGAGUCAAGUGGAGAGCUUCCAGCCUGCGAUCUACGAGCUGCUGUUGCUGGAGAACAUCAAGUACAUGCUGCACCAAGCCACCGGCAUGAAGCAGAUGCUCAUUGAGCUCGAGCGUGCGAUUGCGGGCGAGUCCUCACCUGAGCGCAAGCCUUCUCCCCCGCCGUCCGAAUCCCCAGCGUCUCCACCGACGUCCGGCUUUUCCGUGGCGUCGUUCACGUCGGCAGCUUCCUCAGCAGCGUCGCGGUUCAUGAGCGCAGUGGAGCCGCCAUCGUUGAGCGUCGAGGAGCAGCAGCGUCGAGCACGCCACACCAGCGAGCUCAUCACGCGCGCGCUGAUGGCCGAGGAGAUGCAGCGCUUCCGCUCCGAGAUGACCAAGGCGCUGGAAAAUAUCAUGAACCACUUCUCCUGCGCCGAGGCGCAGCUCACCAAGCGCUCGGGCUCCUUAUGGCGCGAGUACCUCAAGACCUCUCCAGUCGACGCUCUGGCGCUCGCUCAAAGCACCAAGGAGAUGCUCGACUCGGCAUCGACCAGCAACAACAGCUCACCCACCACCCCCUCCGCCGCUGACGCGUUUUAA